CCUGCACGAUUUUCUUUUUUAGCUUCCCCGGCUCCUCCGCUCCAGUGCGGCAGGCAUUGAAUGAAAAAUGGCUGAAAGUCCUAUGUGGGAGCAAGUUGGAGCAAGUUUUGUGCAUCUCUAUUACCGCCACUUUGAUGCUGACAGGGUACAACUAAGUGCUCUAUAUACAGAAGCUUCUUGUUUGUCAUGGGAAGGAGAACAAUUCCAAGGGAAAUCAGCAAUCAUGGAGAAGAUGCUGAAUCUUCCAUUCCAAAAAAUCCAGCACAGUAUCACAUCUCAAGAUCACCAACCAGCUCCAGAUAAUUGUAUCCUUAGUAUGGUUGUGGGUCAAUUAAAGGUAGAUGAAGAGCCCGUGAUGGGAUUCCACCAACUGUUUAUUCUGAAGAAUAUGAAUGACAAAUGGAUUUGCACUAAUGAUAUUUUUAGACUGGCUUUGUACAACUUUGCUUGAGUAUUUUGUAUUCUUUCUACUCUCGCAUUUUCCCUACCCUGUUGUUCUUGGCUUAGUUCAACUUAUGAUGAAGAGGUAACAUUGGGUUUUUCUUUUAGUUUUGCUCUGCUAUAUGUUGACAAAUAAAGAAUGUGGUUGGCUGUGUAAAACAAUCAAAGGGCAACUUCAGGGAAAGGAUGGAGAGUCCUGCAUCAAAAUUUUACGAUACUGGGAAAUUCACUUAAAUAGGAGAAGCACCAAGGUGCUAUCUUGGGAGAACAGAUGCAAGCAAAAUGUACCUUUUAGAAAAGGGGCCCUGUUAAGGGGACCACAUUUUUACCUGUUGGAACUGAGGAAAAAAUUCUUUCAUACGCAUGAUUUAAUAAUAAUAAUGAUAGAUGCUACUCAUUUUAAAGAAACUCUGGAUUGGAAAACCCAAUUCACUUCCUUAAUGCCCCUGCUUUGUGUUCAGCCAAAAAUUAGUUAGCAAUGCAGUUAAUUCUAGGCAAGUUAUUUUUGUAGCUGUACUCAGAACAUCUGUGGGAUGGUGGCUGACACAAAGUAGACUUUUGCGUGUCAGAUAUUAGAAUAUAGGAAAUUGCUUUUUCACACAGAUUUAUAAUGUUUGUGUUACUGUUCCAUCCAGCUGAAUCCUGUUAUCCUUAUGUUCUUAAAUGUGUGAAGCUACCAAUUUCAAUAUAUAACUUUAAUGAACCAGAAAA